AUGGUGGGUGUUAGGAUAGAUAGAGAUGCAUCUUCCAGGCUUGCUGGAAAUGAAACGGAUCGGUUAGCCCUCCUCAGCAUCAAAGCACAGAUAACAUAUGAUCCUUCUGGUGUUACGAAUUCUUGGAAUGAUUCCUUCCAUCAUUGUAGUUGGCAAGGCGUUACAUGUAGUGCUCGACAUCAAAGGGUGACUCUGCUGGAUUUAAGCUCUAAGCAGGUUGUAGGAACAUUAGUUCCUCAGAUAGGAAAUAUGAGUUUUCUUAGAGAACUAAUUCUUCAAAAUAACACCUUCCAUAGUGAGAUACCACACGAAAUCGGAAGGCUAUUCAGGUUGAAGAAUUUAGUGCUCAAGGACAACUCAUUUACUGGUGAAAUUCCUGUGGAACUAUCAAAUUGCACUAGACUCAUUUAUCUUGAUUUGGAUGGUAAUUCACUGACCGGGAAAAUCCCCGUGGAGCUUGGUUUGUCUUUGAGAAAUCUUCAGGUACUUUUUCUUAGAUCAAAUAAUUUAACAGGUGAACUACCAUAUUCUUUGGGUAAUCUUUCAUCCCUUAUUGCCUUAGCAGCAGUAGAGAAUAGAUUAGAAGGAAGUAUACCGUAUUCGUUAGGCCAAUUGACUAACAUGAGUUAUAUUUCUCUUGGUGGUAAUAUGCUUUCUGGUUCAAUUCCCAUUUCAGUUUUUAACUUAUCCUCUCUGUAUCAUCUUGCUGCACCAGUUAACCAACUUAAAGGAAGUCUUCCCACUGAUAUUGGAUCCACUCUUCCGAGUCUUCGCAUAGUUCUUUUGUUCUCAAACUUAUUAAGUGGUGUGCUUCCAAGUUCCAUUUCUAACUUAACCAAUCUUGAAAUUCUCUCUUUAUCAAGAAACCAGUUGUCCGGGAAAAUCCCUUCUCUGGAAAAGCUCCGUAAUCUUCAAGGACUAGCUAUGCAUUUCAAUAAUCUUGGAACCGGAAGAGAAGAUGACAUGGAUUUCUUUUCUUCAUUGGUUAACAUUACCAGUUUUAAAGAACUGAGUUUGAGUGUGAAUAAUAUAGCAGGCCAGCUGCCUAAGAAUAUUGGCAACUUAACCAAUUUCCGGUCUAUUGGUUUUGCUAGGAACAAACUAUUCGGACGAAUACCUGAUGGAUUUGUUGAUCUCAGCAACAUGGAAGUGGUAAGUUUGGAGUAUAACCAAUUGACUGAAGAAAUUCCAGCUAGUCUUGGUAAACUUCAAAAACUCAAGUACUUCUAUGUUAACGGAAACAAACUCUCGGGGGAAAUCCCUUCCUCUAUUGGAAACAUAACAUCUUUGUAUGGACUUAAUCUAGCUCAAAACAACUUAGAAGGGACCAUUCCUUCAGUUCUUGGUAACUGUCAGUUGUUGCAAAUGUUGUAUCUUUCUCGAAAUAGACUCAGUGGGACGAUACCAAAAGAGGUUCUUAGUAUCUCAUCCUUGUCUAUCCAACUAGACCUGUCUGGAAACCAGUUGAGUGGAUCUCUUCCCCUUGAAGUAGGAAGUUUAGUCAAUCUCGGGUAUCUUGAUAUCUCCGAGAACAAGUUAUCUGGAAAGCUUCCAAGUACUUUAAGCAGUUGCAUCAAGUUGGAAAACCUCUAUGUUCAGGGAAACAUGUUUGAAGGUGUGAUACCAUCAUCUUUAAGUUCUUUGAGAGGGAUGGAGUAUUUGGACUUGUCGCGUAAUAAUUUCUCUGGUCUUAUUCCAAAGUACUUUGAAACUUUCAUAUCCUUGAAAAGCUUAAACCUGUCAUUUAACAAUUUUGAGGGUGAAGUACCUCGAGAAGGAGUUUUCAGUAAUGCAAGUGCAGCAAUAGUCAACGGAAACAGAAAUCUUUGUGGAGGUUCUUCCGCGCUAAAACUACCACAAUGCAACUUUCCAACAUCAAAGAAGGGAAGAUUAAUGUCAUCAACCUUGAAGAUAGCUAUAUCUGUUGCUAGUGCAUUAUUUGGAGUAGCACUUGUUCUGGUGCUCCUAAUUUUGUGUUUCUUAAAGAGGAAACAUAGCCCUUCACUCGAUUUAUCAGAUGAUUCGUUCUUGAAAAUCUCCUACGGGGAACUUCUAAAAGCAACUAAUGGAUUCUCCUCAGAUUAUUUAAUUGGUAAGGGUGGUUUUGGUUCUGUAUACAAGGGAAUUCUUGGUCCAGAUGAAAAAACUGUCGCGAUCAAAGUACUCGAUUUGCAGCAUAAAGGAGCUUUGAAGAGCUUCAUUGCAGAAUGUGAAGUCUUAAAGAACCUCAGGCAUAGAAAUCUCGUCAAGUUAGUAACUGCAUGCUCAGGUACUAACUUUCAGGGCAAUGAUUUUAAGGCCCUCGUUUACAAGUUCAUGGUUAACGGUAGCCUAGACGAUUGGCUACAUUCAUUUUCUAAUGAUGGAAGUCUGCAGCACGUUCGAUAUCUAGAUCUUUAUCAGAGAGUAAACAUUGCAUCAGACAUUGCUUUCGCGCUAGAUUAUCUUCAUCAUGGAACCCAAACACCAGUGGUUCAUUGUGAUUUGAAGCCAAGCAAUGUCCUUCUAGACAAGAACAUGACUGCCCGUGUUGGCGAUUUUGGUUUAUCAAGAUUCCUCCAAGAAACAUCUCAAAGAGAAACUAGCACUAUUGGUAUCAAAGGAUCAGUUGGCUAUGCAGCUCCAGAAUAUGGAAUGGUAAGUGAAGUAUCAACUUAUGGUGACAUAUACAGCUAUGGAAUCAUCAUACUGGAGAUGUUAACAGGGAAAAAACCGACAGACGACGCCUUUUCAAAUGGAUCGAACCUUCACAACUAUGCUAAAAUGGCUUAUUCUACUGGUAGAGUCAUGGAAAUUGUUGAUCAAAUGGUUUACCACAACUUGCAAGAAAUGAAAACCAAAGAUUACAUUGAAGAGUGUUCAAUUUGUAUGUGUAAAAUUGGGAUUGCUUGCACUAUAGAUUCACCAAAAGAAAGAAUGAGAAUUAGUGAUGUUAUUAAAGAGUUGCAAUUAGUCAAAGAAACUUUAUCUUAA